GACGAGGUGUUUCUCCAUCGUCAUCAAUAACACCCAGUCAGACACUUCGGGAGUUUUCUAGCCGAAACAAAACCGAAACAUUUAGAGCUCUUGAGACGCUUUCAGUGUAUAUUAUUCACUGUGUUUUAAAACAAAAUUCGGUUGUAUAGAUAGUUACCCCCCUCCCCUCCAUUUCAUUUAAUAUGUACGUUACUAAUUAGUAAGCUGAAUAGCUAAAAUAGCCUGGCACUAGGCUAGUCGCACAUGUUAACUAGCUAUUGUAUUUAUUUCACCAGGUAGUUAGCUAACAUCCCCGAACAUGAGCUCACUAAACUUCUCUCCUCUUGUUAAAGAAGAGGAGGAGGAUGUCUGCUGGACGGAGAAAGAGGGUCUGUGGCUGAAUGUUGUCGUGAAAGAGGAGGAAGAAGCUCUGGUCAAAGAGGAGGAGGAGGAAGAGGAGGCAGUUACAAUACAACAACAAGUAGAGGGUGAGACUGUUGCCGUGAAAGAGGAAGAGAAAGACGUUUCAGUUAAAGAAGAGGAAUACGAGUUCAGAGUGAAAGAGGAAGAGGAGGAUGUUACGGUAAAAGAAGAGGAAGAUGAGUUCAGAGUGAAAGAGGAAGAGGAGGAGGUUACGGUAAAAGAAGAGGAGAUGGAAGUUACAGUGAAAGAAGAGGAAGACGAGUUCAGAGUGACAGAGGAAGAGGAGGAGGUUACUGAGAAGGAAGAGGAAGAUGAGUUCAGAGUGACAGAGGAGGAGGUUACUGAGGAGGAAGAGGAAGACGAGUUCAGAGUGACAGAGGAGGAGGAGGAAGUGGAUGCACCAUUGAGAGCAUCCUGUCGGGCUGUAUCACAGCUUGGUACGGCAACAGCACCGCCCACAACUGCCAGAGGGGGGCGCGGUCUGCCCAACGCAUCACCGGGGGCAAACUACCUGCCCUCCAGGACACCUACACCACCCGAUGUCACAGGAAGGCCAAAAAUAUCACCAAGGACAACAGCCACCCGAAACACUGUCUGUUCACCCCGCUAUCAUCCAGAAGGCGAGGAUGCAGUGUUUGGAGUGAAGGAGGAGGAGGGAGAGAUAACUGAGAGAACUCCGGUGCGCUCUGCAGUGCGUUCCUGUCCGCUUUGCCCUAAGGUCGUGGUCGGCUUCAGUCAGCACCUGAGGCACACGCACAAUGUGAGGAACACGGAGGAGAGGAUCCUCCUUUGUAAUUGGAAGUCGGGCCGUGUCAACAUCAGGCAGGAGCCAUGCCCAGUGACGGGAUGCUCCGCCCAUGCCAGCCGGCUGGACCGGCACAUGGAGUCGCACACAGAGCUCGACAGAUCGCAGAGGAGACGGGCUUUAGAGGAACUCAGGAGACGGCUGACCAUGGAGCGGCUGGCCGCGUUGAGGGCGUCCAACCCUGCCGUCCCGCUGGCCACCCGUUUGGAUAUUGCGGAAACGAAGCAGGAAGAGGAGGACGACUCUUUAGAUUCACUGCUGUCUCCUUUGGAAGAGGAGGAGGAGGAGGACGUGAGCUGCGGAGAUUAUUCCUGCCACUGCCAGGCGCCCAUCCUGAGGCUGCGGAAAGCUUUGCAAGAGCGUGAUGAGGCCCUGACCAAGAGAAGUGCGACCAUCCAAUCCGGUAGAGAGGACAACCUGAAGCUGACCACGGAACUGAAUAGAGCGAGGAAGAGGUAUCAGCUACUGAAAAGGCAGAAGACGACGAGUGUCAGGGCGAGGUCAGCAAACGCGAGGUCGGGGAAGACGAGGUCAGCGAAGAGGUCCAGGUUUCAGACCGCGUCAGACACAGAACAAGAGGAGCUACAGCAGGACCAAGUCGUAGGUUCAGGAGCCCAGAUAGAGGAGGCCACGGCGCCCAAGUCUAGCAGCCAAACUCCCUUCCCGGGCUCUGCUCUGAGUGUGUUUAUAGAGGGGUUCAGGAAGAUCUGUGAAGGCCCCAGUCCAAACAAUAAGCUGAAGCAAACUUGUGCCGCGAAGCUCAAGAGGGUGCAGCAAUUUUUGAAGUUCAUGGCGAAGGAUGAGAAAUAUCCAUCCACUCUCAGUUUCCUGGCACGCCAGGACAAAAUGAGGAGAUGGUUUCAGACCCUUCAGCAGAACAAGGCCGUCGCCACGGUCAACCACUACACCUCGACUAUCGGUGCGUUUCUCCAAUACUCCGAGGAGACCCCUCCGCCUGGCUGCCGGCUGACCAGAAACCACUGGAAGGAGAUCAACCGGGCAAUGAAGGAGAUCAACAAGUCCGUGAAAGGAGCCAUCUCCAACAAGGAAGGCAAGGGGGUGUCUACAAAGAGCCUGCUGGAGUGCAAGGGGGUGUCUACAAAGAGCCUGCUGGAGUGCAAGGGGGUGUCUACAAAGAGCCUGCUGGAGUGCAAGGGGGUGUCUACAAAGAGCCUGCUGGAGUGCAAGGGGGUGUCUACAAAGAGCCUGCUGGAGUGCCAGUCUCUUGCCAAGGACAUGAUCCCCCAAGUGCUGAAAACCUUGGAAGAAACAAUGACACAGAGGAACCAGAACCGGUUUUACGGAUUCCUGUGUGCCUAUUUCACCUCCGUGUACGGCCACAGCCAGGGCCUUUAUAGAAACAUGAUGGUGGAGGAGGUGGAGGAGGUCCAACUUGGCCUGUCUGGGACCUGUCUGAUCAACGUGGGAAACGCAAAACAACAAAUGCAAACCAGGAUCCAGAUGUCGCUGACCAAAGAGGAGUACUCUUGGUUUUCAGACUUCCUGAAAUUUAAGCACUGCCUCCCAGGGGGAAAGAAAGCCCGGUACUUCUUUUUCAAUUCCACCGACACUGAGAUGAAGAACCUGCCCGUCUACCUGAGGGAGGCGUGGAAGGAGAUGGGCCUGCCUGGAAGCCCUACCUUCACUGACCUGAGGGAGGCGUGGAAGGAGAUGGGCCUGCCUGGAAGCCCGACCUUCACUGACCUGCGGACUUCCAUCUUCAGUCAUGUUAAAAACGUUUGCCCGAAUGCCGACGGGGAAACGUUGGCCGACUUCGUGCGCCACGACAGCCGGAUGGAAGCCAAACGUUACGCGGUGAAUCUUUCCAAAGCCGGUGAAACCAGCGCCUUCCGUGAGACGCCGUUGAAGGGAGAAGAUACCGCACCACGGGCGCCGCAGAGAACCAGCCAUCCACCUCCAGAAAGGAGAAGACGAGAGAGGACGUCUCCGAGCGGAGCACCACCCCUGAAGAGACCGAGGUGCAGUACUAGGAGUCUGGCACGUCCCCCGGGGAGGAGGAGCAGGAACGGAAAAUAAGAUGUUCAGAGACAACGCAUCAGAUUACACUUGUACACCGUUUAACACUCAAGAACAAACAGAUACUCGGGCAGCUGGUGGUCUCCUCCAACUGAAUGUCGUCGCUCGCCUCCCACUGUGUCAGGUUCUGAAACAGCUGAGGUCCAUUUAAAGCCCCAAACAGACUCCAGGAGAAAGAAGGAUGAGGAAAGAGGGGGGUUGACCUCUGAGAGUCAGGUGAAAGAGGGGGGUUGACCUCUGACAGUCAGGUGGAAGAGGGGGGGUUGACCUCUGACAGUCAGGUGAAAGAGGGGGUUGACCUCUGACAGUCAGGUGAAAGAGAGGGGGUUGACCUCUGACAGUCAGGUGGAAGAGGGGGGUUGACCUCUGACAGUCAGGUGGAAGAGGGGGGUUGACCUCUGACAGUCAGGUGGAAGAGGGGGGGUUGACCUCUGACAGUCAGGUGGAAGAGGGGGGGUUGACCUCUGACAGUCAGGUAGAAGGACGGGAGCUGUCUUCUGACAGUCAGGUGGAAGAGAGGGGGUUGACCUCUGACAGUCAGGUGGAAGGAGGGGGAGCUGUCUUCUGACAGUCAGGUGGAAGGAGGGGAGCUGUCUUCUGACAGUCAGGUGGAAGGAGGGGAGCUGUCUUCUGACAGUCAGGUGGAAGGAGGGGGAGCUGUCUUCUGACAGUCAGGUGGAAGGAGGGGAGCUGUCUUCUGACAGUCAGGUGGAAGGAGGGGAGCUGUCUUCUGACAGUCAGGUGGAAGGACGGGAGCUGUCUUCUGACAGUCAGGUGGAAGGAGGGGAGCUGUCUUCUGACAGUCAGGUGGAAGGACGGGAGCUGUCUUCUGAAGAAUGUUCGACUUUCUCACAUGUAUACACACCACACACACCACACUCAGACACACCACUCAGACACACCACACAGACACACCACUCAGACACACCACACACAGACACACCACACUCAGACACACCACACUCAGACACACCACACACAGACACACCACACUCAGACACACCACACUCAGACACACCACUCAGACACACCACACUCAGACACACCACACUCAGACACACCACACACAGACACACCACACACAGACACACCACACACAGACACACCACACUCAGACACACCACUCAGACACACCACACUCAGACACACCACACUCAGACACACCACACUCAGACACACCACACUCAGACACACCACACUCAGACACACCACACACAGACACACCACACACAGACACACACCCUCAGACACACCACACUCAGACACACCACUCAGACACACCACACUCAGACACACCACACAGACACACCACACACAGACACACCACACAGACACACACAUUAUUAAAAGUCAUUUAAUGUCAUUUCAUUUGAUUUCUCGUUUAGAUUCAAUAAAAUAUUGUUACUAGUU